AAGAGCUAGAGAAAAAAAAAAUGAGUUCACAUUAGAAAUACAAAACUUAAUUAAAACAAAUUCACAACUAAGAAAGAGUAGUAAUAUCUUAUCUCCAAAUUGUAGAGAGAUUGCUCAACAAAAAAGAAGAGCUCAAGAACGUGCAACAC